CUGCUCGACGGCGCGGAUGCCCGACCCGCUCCAGCCGUGCGGCUGCAGGGACGCUAACCGGGCUGCUCGGGUCACCUGCGGCCUGGGAGCAGCAGUGAGCAGCAGAAGAGCCCCUGGAGCACGACCCACCCACGGCCACCGUGUAUGAGGCUGGGACGCAGUACGCAGGACCUGCGUCCGCAGAGCCACCCCUUCCGAUGUCCCGGCAUGAGACUUCUCCGACAACGGUGCAACCCGCCAGCAACCACCGCCCCAACGCCUGCUGCUUCUGCUGGUGCUGCUGCUGCAGUUGCUCAUGGAACGAGGACCGGGAGCGAGCGUGGAGGGCGUCCCGGGAGACCAAACUGGAGACCAUCCCAAACUGUGAAGCGUGCUCCAAACCCACCACGGAGGAGGUGCGGGGCUGGGCGCAGUCCUUUGACAAGCUGAUGAAGAGCCCAGCUGGUCGCAACGUCUUCCGGGAGUUCUUGAGGACUGAGUACAGUGAGGAGAACAUGCUCUUCUGGCUGGCGUGCGAGGAGCUCAAAACCGAGUGCAACAAACACACCAUCGAUGAGAAGGCCAGGACCAUCUAUGAAGACUACAUCUCCAUCCUCUCGCCCAAGGAGGUGAGCCUGGACUCGCGGGUGCGGGAGGUGAUCAACAGGAAGAUGCAGGAGCCGUCCUCGCACACGUUCGACGACGCUCAGCUCCAGAUCUACACGCUGAUGCACAGAGACUCCUACCCUCGCUUCCUGAACUCUGCCAUAUACAAAUCGCUGCUCCAGAACGUCUCCCGUUCCUCCUCGGAGUCCUAAAGGCCGUGGGGGCAGCGGCGGGGACGCGGCACCAGGAGGGAGAGCGGUGGGGGGGUGGCGGGCACGGCCCGGCUCUUCUCCAGCCCGCCGUUUUUAGCUUUUUACCUGUGAGCCCUCGGUCUCAGGGCCACCCCCAGGGCCGUCCCCGGGUUGGGGGCACCGCGGCGGCUCAGCUUGGGCUCGUACUACUGAACCCGGUCCCGGCCAGAAGGCAGCAGGGGGCGCCCAGGGCUCAGUGCCCCCCAUCGUCAUCCCCCCCCCCACCCCCCAGCUGCACCGCACCCACUUUUGAAGAGGUCACUUUAUCCCUUCUCCAUCGCACCUGGGGAUGCAGCACAUCCCCGAUUCCCACCUGAGACCCCUUUGGGGAACUUGUUUUGUUCUGCGGGUUUUGUUGGUUUGGUUUCUGGUUUUUCUUUUCUUUUUUU